UGCUGUACAUAUAUAAGUCGGGCGGUUUUAUCAAACUGACACAGUCGCAGCCCAACACACAGUCACAUUCAUAAAAGGCAUUGUUGCCAUGCCGAGUCUAGAAGCAUCACCUCAGAGGGAGCUGCAGGAACUCAACAUGGACGCUGAUAACAAGAAGAGGCGAGGAAACCUUAAGUCUCGGCUGCAGUGUAAAUCGUCUCAAACCACUGAGGGGUUUUGUUACGAGGAGAUGUCUCAGUGGUCACAGUCUCUAGACAGACUUCUAUCAUCCAAAUACGGCAUGAAGAUAUUCCAGGCCUUCUUGAAGUCAGAGUUCAGUGAUGAAAACAUUGAGUUCUGGCUGGUGUGUGAGGACUAUAAGAAGAUCAAGUCUUCCUUCAGGAUGUCCUCCAGGGCCAAAAAGAUCUUCAAACGUUACAUUCAAGCUGAGGCUCCCAGAGAGAUCAACAUUGAUCACAAGACCAGAGAUCUGAUCAGGCGGAACAUAAAGACGCCCACCCCAGUGUGCUUCGGCGAUGCCCAAAGGAUCGUCUACGGGCUAAUGGAGAGGGACUCUUACCCACGUUUCCUCAGGUCUGAGCUCUAUCAGGCUUUACUGGACUCCACAUCAGAAUCGGUGAAGAUGUAGAGACAGCGGACACCAGAGACACUGUGUUUGUAGAAACUGUGAAACUGAGCCCGAUGCUGGACUACCUGAGAGACACUGUGGUGUGUGUUUGCCCGUCCUGGGAGCACCAAAAGCACCAAAGACAUGUUAUUUUCGACACAUUCAUGGCUUCCCUUUAGACGGAAAAGACAUGCUUUCUGGUUGGCCACAUAUGACUGUGUUAGAGGGGUGAAGGCAGCUCUGUCGUUAAAAGAGUUCGUUCACAACCAGCUGGUUUGAAAAGGAGGACUUGAGGCCAAAAACGGCUACAUUGGCAGAUGCUGUGAUAGCCGCGGUAAAGCAGGAGACUUCCCAGAGAUGUCACGAUUAUAGUGAAAAUGCUGGGGACUUUCUGUGCGAGGCGCCAGGAAGUGUAUGUGGUGCAAACAACACCCUCCACCCAAGAUGCAAGUGCACGGGCUGCGUGCUACCUCCACUUGCACACCAUCUUGAGUUUAUUGUUAUUUCACUAAAGCAAUGGCUGAGUAGAUGCUAUGUAGAUGUGGGUUUUUAUACACAGCGUUCUGCAUUUGAUAUUUUUUAAUAUUACAUUCUGACAUCAGUGUUGUCACACUGAGAUCUUGCAUCUAUAAUAAUUUGUCAUAAGCUAUAUGUUGUGUUGUAUUCCACAGUUUGUAAAAACGUUGUGUAAAUGUGAAUAUUAAUGUGGAUUUGUACAUAUUUAAUAAAAAUAUAUGUAUUUGCCUUGAA